CGAUCUGAUUAAAGAAAAGGGCGUUUUAGUAGCUUUCCAUAUUUGGAAUAAGCCUACACCCCUUCUUAUUGUGUCAUGCAUUAUUGACGCAAAAUAAAGCUAAUAUUAUACCUACCCUAUGACAGAGAGUGACACAUCUUCAAGAACAGAUGUACGAAUAGAAAUUAUCAAUCUAGCUAUAAGUGGGUAAUCACCUCUUCCUUACUAUCAUCCAUCAUGGGAUUCCAGAACUCGCCCCAAACGAAUUAUACCUGCAAAUGCCAAAUUGAGCAAGCUGAGGUGAAUACUUUGGGUGGAGAUCGUAGCCCGUGGGUGCGAAUAUGGACGGCGGUAGGUGUUGCUAUCAUGGUCUUAUUCAUAGCGUGCAAUAUUACUUUGAUUUUAUGGAUGAAAACUGCACAGGAGGCAUACAUCGCUAAUAAUAUAUAUCUCGAAAAUAUUGUGAAUCAACUAAAUGCAGAUAUAAAAAAAGUUGCGGCAGAGCAGGAUUGUGAUGAUGACCUUGGUGAUCAAGAAGAAGAUGCUGGUUACAUUUUACGAACUGCUAGAGGAACACAACCUAAAAAUAAAAACGGCAGAAACAAGCGACACCGACGGAAAUCAAAACGAAGCAGAUGUAAAUGUCAAAAAGAAAUAAAAGCAGUAGAAAAUAUGUUAACAAAAACAAAAAGAUCAACUACGAAUAGACGUCCUGCAACGCAUUUACGAGGUUUAAAUACGACUACUGGCGCGCAGCAACCAGCCACUGCAAGCGAUGGAAAGUUCCUAUGGAAUUCCCCAGAACGCACCUAUGCUUCUCAAUUCAUUUAUAACAAAAAUGCCGAUGACAAAGUUCAUUCUAUACUGAUAACGACGCCUGGUUUGUAUGAGAUAUAUUCUCAAGUUGCACUAUAUGGUACUAAAGCCGACGUUGUUGAUAGAGAGUGUGGACAAGAGAUAAUCAAAUCAUCGGGUGGACAAACUACAACCCUGGCUAAGAGUUUUAUUACACAAGUAUUCGAGAGAACAGGACAUACAAAUCAGAAUCCUAAUAGCGUCUCUAAUCCCCUAGAUACAAGUUUUCAAAAGGGUAUAUUCGCUCUCGAGGCUUAUGAUGAAGUGUAUGUAAAGAAAAACUGUAAUCACAUGGAUUUUAUUUCACAUCCUGCAUAUACCUACUUUGGAGUUCUCUUGUUAGUUGAUUAUAGUAACAAAUAGCGAAACCUUAGUGAUUGUUCCUGUGUGAUAUUCCUCACACCCAUGACUUUAAACAACCUUAUACCAUUUGUUUUUAACGUUGCCCUGCCACACACUGUGUCCUGAAGAUGAAUAUUUGUACGUUGAUUUAAAAUGCAAAUUCCCAUUAAAUCAAAUGUUAGUGAAAUGCGCAUGCUCGAGGCGAGCUAGAUGAUGGGUGGGUGGUUUUGAUAAGCCAACUUUUUUUUUAACCCCAAGCAUUUUUUAAAUUGGUGAAUUCGCCCCACUUUUGCCUUCAAACGGCACAGUAGAGAUAUCGAUUUUAAACCAACUUAACUUUAGUAUCUGAACGGCAUAGACGGUUUUAAUUAAAGAGUUGUGACUGUGAUAGCAUUCAAUGUUUUUAAAACCCCUACAAAUGGCAAUUUUUAUCUUGGUUUAUUUAAGGUAUUAAUGGAUUCUCGAGUUGCUAUGUAAUCCUCCUAAUUCAGACCCUUAUCCAUGAUCUUAUGAUCUUUAGUCUGCCAUACCAUUUUCAAAUGUUCACAGCAUUGGUUUAGAUUUCUCAAUGAUUUGUCAGAAACAUCCGAACUACAAUACUCAUAAUUUAUUCUAAACAAAGUUAGGGUAACUAGGGUUAAAUAGGUGCUACCUGGGUGAAAUUAUCUGGUGAUUUAUGGUCUAAAUGGUUAGAGUUAACAACAUCUGUGGAUGGUUUGUGUAUUUUAACCAACUAAUUUUAGUCAAUUUUCUCUUAUUCGUGAAUGACGGUUCCUUUGAAAUAUAAUUUUCCUCUGGUUUCAAAUAUUAGGUUUUCACUACGCAACUUUAUGUUUAUAUUUUGUUUAUUUGAACCUAUUUAGUUGUGUUCUUUAUAACAUUUAAUUUAACACAGUACCUUGUAUAGGGCAAUAUAGAAUUUGACAGACAAUGCAUUUGUAAAUAUACUGUAAAUAUGUAUUUUUGUGUACACUCAAAUGUUAUCAAUUGUAUAUAAAUCCUAGGCAUCUAAGUCUUUUAGAAUAGAAUAUGCAUUGCGGUCUAAGAGAGAGAGAGGGGGGGGGGAGACUAGGUCAUUUUUGGGACUAACAUGGUUCAAUUUUAUUUCAACAAUUCGCUUGUGCGUAGGGGGUAUUUAGCAGAGGGAGGCUACCCCACUCCUUGUCAUGUACAACUAGGGAAUCGAAACCACGCCGGCUGACUCAAUGACGGACCUUAUGAUACCACGCGCACGCGUUAACCAUUUGGCCACCCAUCCCCCGGUCUAAAAGGGACAAAUAUAGAUUCAUAGAACAUAUAGGAAAUACAUGUUCGUUUUAAGAUUAUUCAAAUCGAUAAAUUCUAAAUUACUUCAUAGACAUAUGAAGAUAGCAUUACUUUCUAUGGUCAGUCAAGCCGAUCCUGUACACAGUGAGUAUCAUAUAUUAGAUGCACGAUGUGCUUAAGAUUGAAAAAAAAUUUAAAAAAGCAUGUUUAAUGUUUGAAACGAAUCUAGCAUAUAGCCAACUAAUAUUCAUUUUAUGAGUGGCUGAAGUGACAAUUUUGUUAAAUUGCUAUUAUAUUAAUUAAUGUGUAAAUAUGUUAAAUUGCUAUCAUAUUAAUUGAUGUGUAAAUAUGUUAAAAAUAAAAUGUAAAAAAGGAUAA